AUGUUCCGAUUUUUGGCCAUUCUCUCGCUGAUUCUCAUCAAUUUCACAGUGGAUGCUCAACAUAAAGUGGAUAUCAGUGCUUCAAUAACGUUUACUUGUUUUUUGAAUGUUCAUUGGCAAUAUGAUGUUGUGAUUCAUGACUUAAUGUGAGUUUCCGCAAGCUUCCGCAGGCUUCCGCGCAGCUAGAGAACAUUGUAGAAUCAGAGACGCUUUUUCAGAACUAACGACAUCUAUCAUAGAAGUCAAGUAGUCAAUCUUGGCGGAAAACGAAAAACAUAUUAUGCGAAUUUCGCAGCUCCUUCCGGAGCAGCAUUAAAGAUCAAAAUACGUCACACUUGCACAAAAGAUCAUUCGCAUUACACAGAUGAUUACCCAUUGCCGACUGUGCCAUUUGAUCGAAGAGUAUUCCAAUUUGUUAAAGAAUUUCGAAUUGGGGUUGUUUAG